CUUUUUUCUUUCUUGUUCUCGAAAACUGAAAGAAAUGGUUGAUGGUUUGUGCAGGUACUAACCGGAUUAACAGAUGCUCAGCUAGAGAACUUAGAUAUGAUUGAAGGAGAUGAAUACGAGAGAAAAACUGUUGAGGAUACCUUGGAGAAAAUGGAAGUGGAAGCCUUUAUAUGGGCCAACAAGGAUGAUCCUGAUAUGUAUGGAGAAUGGGAUUUUGAGGAGUGGAAGCGGCUUCACAUGGAGAAGUUCAUAGAGGCAUCGAAGAAGUUCAUCGAAUGGAAGAAGAAUCCAAAUGGCAAAACAAGGGAAGAGUUUGCCAAAUUUGUAAACGAAGAUCCUCCCGUGGCUUGAAGGAUGUGUUAUCUAAUA